AUGGGUCUCCGUGGUCAUAACGCCAUGGUGCCGUGUCGGUUCUGCAAGGUAGUUGGGUCUCCCUACAGACACAGUGGUAAUAGGACAACAUAUUAUGAUCCCCUACCCCACCCUUCGGCUCCUUUGGUUCAGGAUAACCCAAAUCCUACCAACCCCGUCCCAACCAGUUACCGCACUGCUCGUCUGCCCAUGAGGAAUGAUCGCGACCACAGAUAUGACAUGCAGCGCUCAAUGAACAAGCUUGAAACAAUUGAUUUUCCAAGGUCUUUUCCCAUCAACAUCAUGCACCUUACCUACCAAGGCCCAGUCCUGAUCAUGGUAGAGCAUUGGGAAGGUACGCUUUUCAAGGAUGAGGACUUGGCAGAACCCUGGGUCCAGAACUGGGAGGAGUUCGGAAAAUCACUUGCAGACGCAGCGAAAACAACUCUAUUGGCAUAUGGUAGGGCUCGAAGGAUAUCUCAAAGGACCGAAAACUUUACGAAGCAGAAGAUUGGUCGAACCUCCUAA